CGUACCAUGUCAGUGAUCAAUUCCACUAGGUCCCACCCCACAACAUUCCUCCUAAUCGGCAUCCCAGGCAUGGAGCAGGCGCACAUCUGGCUCUCCAUCCCCUUCUGUCUGAUGUACGUUGUUGCCCUUCUCGGGAACUCUGUCCUCCUAUUCACCAUCAUAACAGAGUCUAGUCUCCAUGAGCCCAUGUACAUCUUCCUAUCCAUGUUAACAGUGGCCGAUCUGCUGUUAUCGUCCUCCACGGUGCCGAAAACCCUAAGUGUUUUCUGGUCUCUCUCCAAGGAGAUCUCUUUCAAUGGCUGCCUCACCCAGAUGUUUUUCAUUUAUUUUAUUUUCAUUACCGAGUCGGCCAUCCUACUGGCCAUGGCCUUUGAUCGGUACGUUGCCAUCUGCGACCCCCUGCGGUACACAACUGUAUUAGCACACUCCGUGAUCAGGAAGAUAGCCAUGGCCGCUCUAACCAGGAGCUUCUGUAUAAUGUUCCCAGCCGUCUUUCUCCUUAAACGGCUCGACUACUGUGGACAUAAUAUUAUGCCUCACACGUACUGCGAGCACAUGGGUGUGGCCACGCUGGCCUGUGGGGACCUAACAGUCAAUAUUUGGUAUGGUUUAGCAGCUGGUUUCCUAUCAGCAGGAUUGGAUGCUCUCUUUAUUGCAGUCUCCUACGCUUCCAUCCUCAGGUCUCUCUUUAGGUUGCCAUCCCAGGGCAUCCAUCUCAAGGCUCUGAACACGUGCGGCUCCCACAUCUGUGUCAUAUUGAUGUUUUACACCCCAGCGUUUUUCUCUUGGAGCACCCAUCGGUUUGGCAGCCACAUCCCCCGCCAUACCCUCAUCCUACUGGCCAACCUCUAUGUCAUCAUCCCCCCCAUGCUGAACCCCAUCAUUUACGGGAUGAGGAGCAAACAGGUGUGGGAAGGAGUGACCCACGUCUUCUCACGUUGA